AUGCAGCAGUUCACAUUAUGCGAAGCAAUGAGAUAUAUCAAAGCCUUUGAGCUCGGUCAGAAUCCCGAUACCCCUAAAUACGACAUCCACGUCAAAUUGCGCACGAAAAAGGACGGCCCCAUAGUCCGCAACAACGUCCGUCUCCCCUACCCUGUGAAAACCGACAUUAAAAUCGUGGUCGUGUGUCCACCGGAUUCGAACGCCGCGAAAGGCGCCCGUGCCGCCGGGGCAUACCUGGUCGGCGAGGAGGAGGUUUUUGAGCGCAUCAAGGCCGGGAAGAUCGACUUUGAUCGAGUCAUCGCCGUGCCAGAGAGCCUGCAGAAGAUGAACAAAGAGGGUAUUCCUAGGAUACUGGGUCCCCGCGGGUUGAUGCCGAAUGUUAAGAUGGGAAGCGUGGUCACGAAUCCAGGUCCCGCCGUGAGAAACAUGAUGGGUGGAAGCACAUACCGGGAGCGACAGGGGGUGGUGAGGAUGGCGGUAGGAAGGCUAAGUUUCACGCCGGAGAUGUUGAGGGAUAAUGUCAAGGCGUAUGUCACCGCGGUCAAGAAGGACGCGGCUGCACUGAGCGAUCAGAUUGCCAAGGAGGUGUACGAGGUGGUGCUGAGCUCCACGAACUCACCGGGCUUUUCGCUCAACGGGGAUUUCUAUAGGCCGGGACCUGGAAAUGCUACGCCGCAGCAGCUGGCUGUGGUCUGA